CUGCCGAGCCCGCGGGCGCCGCUUCCCAGGGCGGGGCUGGGAACGGAGCGUUGGGAGUGGCGGCAGCUCCGGGGCCCGGGCGGGAGCGGGAGACGGAGUUCCCGGAGCGCGGCUGCGCCGAGCCCCGGCCCCGGCGGGGCUCGAAGAAGAAGGGAUUUAGUCAAGUCGCGCUCAGCUAAAAUGGGGCAAUAGCUAAAGCAGCUCUGAGGAGUCUGAUUGUGCGCCUUAACUGCCUUGCGCUGGAGCUAGCAGAGGAAGAUGCAUGUUUUUAUCCUUGUGCAACGCCGGUCUGUCUAACUACUGAACGGAGCGAUGUGCUGAAGUUGGAGAUCCUGACAAAAUGGAAGUGCUUGUGUUCUCUGCGACCUGCAGUUUACUUCUAGCUCUGGUGCAAGGGCACAGCUUAUUCACAUGUGAGCCAAUUACUAUUUCCAGAUGUUCAGGAAUGCCUUACAAUAUGACUUUUUUCCCAAACCUCAUGGGACACUAUGAUCAGGACACGGCUGCUCGCAAAAUGGAUCCUUUCCUUAUUCUUAUGAAUCUUCACUGUUCACCAGACGUCCACACAUUUCUGUGCAGAGCCUUUGUCCCAGCCUGCCUAGAUCAGAUUCGCGUGAUUCCCCCGUGUCGAAGCCUCUGUGAGAAAGUGUAUUCUGACUGUAAGCAGUUGAUGGACACUUUUGGAAUUGCAUGGCCUGAAGAGCUGGAAUGUGCCAGAUUAAUCAAUUGUGAUGAGACUGCUCCUGCCACUGCUGCUGUAACCACAAACGUACAUGGAACUCAGAAGACCCCAAGCCAAAUCCGAAGGGAUUAUGGAUUCUGGUGUCCCCGACACCUACACACUACCAAUGGACAAGGCUACAAGUUUCUAGGAAUUGAUCAGUGUGCACCCCCAUGUCCCAAUAUGUAUUUCAAAAAUUAUGAAUUGGAUGUGGCAAAAAGUUUUAUUGGAAUAGUUUCAAUCUUUUGUCUUUGUGCUACGCUUUUCACAUUCCUAACUUUUCUGAUUGAUGUUAAAAGAUUUAGAUACCCAGAGAGACCAAUAAUAUAUUAUUCUGUCUGUUACAGCAUAGUCUCUCUAAUGUACUUUAUUGGAUUUUUACUUGGGAACAGAACUGCCUGUAAUGAAGCAGAUGAUAAGUUAGAAAUUGGUGAAACGGUUGUUCUUGGCUCCCAAAACAAAGCCUGUACUGUCCUUUUCAUGGUUUUGUACUUUUUCACUAUGGCAGGAACUAUAUGGUGGGUGAUUUUGACAAUCACUUGGUUCCUUGCAGCAGGAAGAAAAUGGAGCUGUGAAGCUAUUGCACAAAAGGCCAUGUGGUUCCAUGCAGUUGCCUGGGGAAUACCUGGUUUUCUAACCAUUAUGCUCCUUGCAAUGAACAAAGUCGAAGGGGACAAUAUCAGUGGAGUUUGUUUUGUGGGUCUCUAUGACCUGGACGCCUCUCUGUACUUCGUGCUUUUGCCGCUGUGCCUUUGUGUCUUUUUCGGUCUGUCUCUCCUUUUAGCCGGCAUCAUUUCUCUCAACCACGUGCGGCAGGUCAUUCAGCACGAUGGCAGGAACCAGGAGAAGCUCAAGAAGUUCAUGAUCCGAAUUGGAGUUUUUAGUGGUUUGUACUUGGUGCCACUUGUAGCACUUCUCGGAUGUUACGUUUAUGAACUGGUGAACCGGAAAAUCUGGGAAACUACUUGGGUGUUUGACCACUGUGACCAGUACCAUAUUCCUUGCCCUUAUCAGGCAAAGGCACUAGCAAGACCAGAAAUAUUUUUGUUUCUGAUGAAAUAUUUGCUAACUUUAAUUGUUGGCAUAUCUCCAGUGUUCUGGGUGGGAAGUAAAAAGACCUGUUCCGAAUGGGCCAAUUUCUUCAACAGAAACCGCAAAAGAGAUCCAAUCAGUGAGAGUCGUAGAGUGCUGCAAGAAUCAUGCGAAUUUUUCUUGAGGCACAAUUCCAAAGUUAAACAUAAAAAGAAGCACUACAAGUCAACUUCACACAGACUGAAAGUCAUUUCAAAGUCAAUGGGGACCAGUACAGGUGGCACAACAAAUCAUGGAACUUCUGCAGUAGCAAUCACUAAUCAUGAUUAUUUGAGCCAAGAAACUGUGGCAGAAAUUAAAAGCUCUCCAGAGACAUCUGAGAAGGAGAUGGAGGCAGAUGGAGCAUCUGCCCAAAGAGUGGAGGAAGGUGAAAACAGUGGAGAUCAGAUGUUACCCAGUGCUAAACUGACCGUGGAUCAGCUGGAAAGGAGAAACAAAGCAGACAGCACCUGCCAUAUGAGUACUUUGGCUGAGAGUAUUAAGAGAGUAGGUGAAGGAAGAAUAACUCCUAAAAAUGAUUUUAAUGAAUCUCCUUCACUACAAAGGAGCUGUUCCCAAAUACCUGAUGUCUCACAGUCACCUUCUGUAUCACUGCUUGUCUACUCAGCUUCAGAUAUCAGAAGAGAGUUGGAUUCAGGAAACAGUUCUAAUCCUUGAAAGAUUGAAAAUGAAUAUGAACAUUUGCAUUGCAUAAAACUGAAAGACUGAAAAUUUGUAUGAACAUUUGCAUUGUAUAAAACUGACAUGAAUUCUUUGUUACACUGGAAAUAACGGAUAUUCUGUGCCUUAUUAAAAACACAUAUAUCCUGCUUUGCACUUAAAAAAAUGUAUGUUUUGUUGUGGGGACAGCUAGCAAUAAUGUACUGUAUUUAAUCCUGUCCGGGACUAAUGGAAAUUGAAGUUCUGUAGGACAUGGCAAUAAUGUAAGAAAAAGAUGAGAGACAAAUAUUAUUCCUUAUAUAAAGAACACUUUGUAAUGAAUUGCAUUAAAAUAAUGCUUCGAAAGCA